AUGUUUUUAGCAUCAAAACCAUUGAUUAUCUUUGUUGCCGCAAGCGUUGAUCAAUUUAACUCGUAUGAAACACUUAAAAAUGCUGUUUCUAAGACAUUGCAUCCAGAGUGGAAUUCUCUAGUGGAUGUAAGUCGAACGAAUCUUCAGGCCGUAAUUCAAUUCCCUUCUGGUAGCCAAUGGUUUUCAUACAAAGGCGAUGCUAAUGAAGUUUGCGUGUGCAGUGAUAAAAAUUAUUGUGCAUAUUAUUUAGAAGAAACCAAAGGCAGACGAACAUUCAUAGUUUUGUUAAGUCAUUUAUUUAAUGAUUUCGUUUCAGAGAUUAUUGAGAAGCAUGCUGAUGUUUUUUGUAAACCUUACGAAGACCAAAGCAUCUCGAUUUAUAUACUCGACAUGGAUGGUGCAAACUCAGACAUAAACCUAGGUGAUAUUCAGCGCCAUGUACACUUUUUCGAUCAUGAAAAAUCUUUGCUGUCUGAAAUAUCACUCAAAAUCGCAGACUAUUUCGUUAAACUUGGGAAAAACAUAUCGACUCAUGAAAAUCUAUCCCAGCAACUCAUGUACUUCGUUUGGGCCAAGACACUCACGUCACGCGCUACUCAUAUAGUGCCAGGUAUCACAGCAAAGGAUCGUGUCACGGACAUUAAUAAGCUCAUUGCUGCUACAAAAGAACUACUCCGUGAAACAAUGUCUGACAAUGAUCGAACUAGUUGUGGGUCGGGCGUUUAUAGUAAGAAAGACGACCUAUCGGAAUAUCUUCAAUUAAAAGAGGCAAGGGACGUAGCCAUGUCUGUGAAACAUGAUCGACACGAAGAUACAGUAUUAGAGAACGCAAUGCAACAAGAAAAUACUUCUGUUACGCAAGUCUACCUUCUUGAAACGUCAUUUUCAAAGAAAACUUUCGAGAAUAUAUCGAAAUUAUCCAAGCAGCUCUUCGGUCAAAACUUGACAAUUGUUUCCAAAGAAGAAAGCUACGAUCGAUUACAAAAAUUUCAUCAGCCGUCAUCAAUAAUUUGUUCGUUUUCGACCGAUGAUGAUAAAAUAUUAUUGAACAGUUUAUCUUCCAUGAAUCCGCCUCCAUCGAUCUACCUUUUUGGAGCACUGCCUGUGGACAAAGAAAGUUUUUUCAAAGAAUAUUUUCGCAUUAGUUACAUUUCAGAGAAUCUCCAGGAGCUAGUUGUACAGGCGGCAAUUGACAUGGCAAUGAAUAAUCGAAUUGUGGGUGGCAGACAUGCGAAGAAACAAGAUACAAUUAAUGCAGGAAGGUGCUUUGAUCAAUGUAUUGAGAUUUUAAAACAACUGGACCAUCUUGCUGCAAUCAGUGCCAACGAGAGAGACUAA